AUGGAUUCAAAUCAACUUAUUGCCUUUUUGGUUAUCCUCGUUACACUGUUACUGCAAGGUAAUAACAAUACCGUCGUCGAAGCACAACUCAGAACCGAUUUCUACUUAUCAUCUUGUCCUCUUCUUCUCCCCACCGUCCGAACAGCAGUUAGAAAUAACGUUCUUCGCGAGCCUAGAAUGGGUGCAUCUCUCCUUCGUCUGUUCUACCUCGACUGCUUCGUCAACGGAUGCGAUGGUUCAAUUCUACUAAAAGACACAUCAACCUUCACGGGAGAACAAAACGCGGUCUCAAACCACAAUUCUGCUCGAGGGUUUAAUGUCAUCGACGACAUCAAAUCAUUGGUUGAGAGAGUAUGUCCUGGGGUCGUGUCUUGUGCUGAUAUUUUAACCAUCGCAGCUAGAGACUCUGUCUCAAUGCUUGGAGGUCCGUUUUGGGAAGUUCUUCUAGGAAGAAGAGAUGCAAUAACGGCGAGUCAAGCGGCGGCGAAUAGUAGCAUUCCACUGCCGACUUCAAGUCUGAGCGAGCUUAUCAGUAGUUUCAGCCAACAUGGACUCACCCUUAGAGAUUUGGUUGCACUCUCCGGCGCGCACACGAUCGGACAAGCCCAAUGCAGAAACUUCCGAACAAGGAUCUACAACGGAGGAAACAUUAACCCCACUUUCGCCACCUUACGCCAGCAAACUUGCCCGAUAAUCUCAGGCUCCGGCGAUGAAAAUCUAGCUCCACUUGACUUUCUUACUCCUUUUGUUUUUGACAACAGUUACUUUGUGAACCUCAUGAGCCAGAGAGGUCUUCUCCAUUCCGACCAAGAGCUCUUCAACGGUGGCUCCACCGAUGCCAUCGUCCGUGAGUACAGCCUAAAUCUAUUGAAUUUUCGCCGUGAUUUCAGGUCGGCGAUGGUCAAGAUGAGUAUGCUGAGCCCAUUGACUGGUAGUGAUGGUGAAGUCCGGCAGCAUUGCGGGAGGAUCAACUGAUACAAAUGAUCUACUCCAGAUGUUAUUUACUCCCUCCAAAUAAAGAUACAUUUCCAUAAUCCCUCUUAAUGUUUUCCCUCUUUUUUUAUUUACCUUCUUUGUGUUCGGUGUGUAUGUUAAUUUUCUUUAAUAAAAAGCUAAUGACGAGUUAUGAUUUUCCUUUAUGAAGUGUUUCUA